CUCUUCCUGGGCACCGUGGCCGGCAGCCCCUCUUCCACCCAAGCCUCCUGGAAAAUCUUUGAGGUCACCAGCCUGCUCCGGUCCUGGCUCCACCAAGCCAUGGCCCCUGGGCACCGCGGUCUCUCGGGAGGGGAGUGGUGGGAGGCGAGUGGGUCGGCCACCCCGGCCACCGCUGCGAUGCACUCGCCCACCUCGAGUGAUGCUGGCCCCAGGGAACCAGCCCUGCCCCAGGAUGUGACGGACAGAGUCCUGCUGCUCGUCUUCUCCAAGGACAAGUCUCCGGGAGACCACAGCCUCAUCAGGACAGCGGAGACGUCCAAGCAUGUCAUGCGUGACAGCAGCUCCCAGGGCGUGGGGACCCGCCGGCACCGCAGGAAUAGGAAGGAGAAGCAAAGGAUCAAAGCGAGCGAUGCUGCCGCUGCCGUCCCGGGCGAGGAGGGCAGGUCCUUGUGUCGGAGGGUGGACAUGAUGGUGGAUUUCGAGCAGACUGGCUGGGGCAGCUGGAUCAUCUACCCCAAAAAGUAUAAUGCCUACCGGUGCGAAGGGCAGUGUCCGUCACCCGUGGACGAGACCUUCAAGCCCACCAACCACGCCUACAUACAGAGUUUGCUGCAGCUCUACAAGCCCAACCAGGUGCCAUGCCCCGCCUGCUCCCCGGUCAGGAUGAGUCCCCUCUCCAUGCUCUACUACGAGAAGGGCGAAAUCGUCGUCCGUCACCAUGAGGACAUGAUUAUCGAGGAGUGUGGCUGCAACUGA